AUGCGCUCCGCACCCGGGAGCGCGCGUGCGCGCUCUCCCCCCCUGCCCCCCCCCAGUCCUCUGGUCUCCCCCACGACCUACUUCACAGUCUUCCAACCCUGUGACCCCGGCGAUCCGGGCCCCGCGGAGGGCGGACGCGCGCGGCGGCGGGGCCGGGAGAGGCUCCGACCUGGCCCUUCCCCGGCCCCAGCGUCGCUCUCGUCGCUCUGCCGCCCCCUGCAGGUGACAUACCGCGUAGUCCAGGUGACUGACGGUCAGCUGGACGGCCAGGGCGACGCGGCUGGCGCCGUCAGCGUCGUGUCCACCGCUGCCUUCGCGGGGGGGCAGCAGGCUGUGACCCAGGUGGGUGUGGACGGGGCCGCCCAGCGCCCCGGCCCGGCCGCUGCCUCUGUACCCCCAGGUCCCGCGGCACCCUUCCCGCUGGCUGUCAUUCAAAACCCAUUCAGCAAUGGUGGCAGCCCAGCGGCAGAAGCUGUCAGCGGGGAGGCACGGUUUGCAUAUUUCCCAGCAUCCAGUGUGGGAGACACCACGGCUGUGUCUGUGCAGACCACAGACCAGAGCCUGCAGGCCGGAGGCCAGUUCUAUGUCAUGAUGACACCCCAGGACGUGCUCCAGACAGGAACACAGAGGACGAUCGCACCCCGGACACACCCCUAUUCUCCAAAAAUCGAUGGAACCAGAACUCCUCGAGAUGAGAGAAGACGAGCUCAGCACAAUGAAGUGGAGCGGAGACGGAGGGACAAGAUCAACAACUGGAUCGUCCAGCUUUCGAAAAUCAUUCCAGAUUGUCAUGCAGACAACAGCAAGACAGGAGCGAGUAAAGGGGGCAUCCUGUCCAAGGCCUGUGACUACAUCCGGGAGCUACGCCAGACCAACCAGCGAAUGCAGGAGACCUUCAAGGAGGCCGAGCGGCUGCAGAUGGACAAUGAGCUCCUGAGGCAGCAGAUCGAGGAGCUGAAGAAUGAGAACGCCCUGCUUCGAGCCCAGCUGCAGCAGCACAACCUGGAAAUGGUGGGCGAGAGCGCCCGGCAGUGAUGCCCACUAGCUCACCCUGCGGCUGCUGCCGGCCGCUGCUGCCCCUCCCCAGCCCUUAGCACAGAGAGGGAGAUGCCCCUCCCCAAGCUGCGUUUUUUUAUAGUAGAUUUUUAACAAAAACAAGGAGACAUAAUGCAUUUCUGUGGAUACAUUGCCCACUACCCUCCUCCAUGCGGAAAUGAUGCCCACCUGCCCACCUGUCCGUCAGCCUCCCUUCUCGGUCCUCACCAGCCCAUCACUUGUAGUGGGCUCACCAGGAGGAGCAAGGGAGGAGGACAGAGGCCCCGCUGCCCGCUGCCUCCUUGGUCUCUAGAGGUAUUGAGACAGGGUGCUUAUGGGAAGGAGGGAGCUUUGGGGGCGCCUUCCCUGGGGCCUGGACCUGUGCAGGGAGGCCACGUCCCCCAUCCCUCUUGUUUCUGGAUCCCUGCUCCCCUCUGGGUGUGUGGGUGUGUGUGUAUGCGCGUGUGUGCGUGCGUGUGCGUGGGUGUGUGUUUUAAUUUUCUUUAUGGAAAAAUGGACAAAAAAAUAGAGAGAGAGGUAUUUAACUGCAAUAAACUGGCCAGUGUGGCCCCGCCUUGUC